CCUCAUCCUUCUCCCAGCCACAAAUUUUCCUGCAAUAGAUUCUCUUCCCUGAGAUACACAAACAAAUAAACCAAAUCCCGAACCCUUUUCCAGCGGCCUCUUCCCAUUUCUCUGACUUUGUACAUUAAACGCUCGCUUUCUUGCUAUGGCUGCCACAGCAUCUCCAAUGGCUAGCCAGCUCAAGUCCAGCUUCACUUCUUCCGUGAGGAAAGGUCUGAUUGUCCCCAAGGGCAUUUCCGGCGCUUCCUUCAGAGUUUUGCCCACCUCCAGGAGAUCUUCUUCCUUCACUGUCAAGGCAAUUCAGGCCGACAAGCCAACAUACCAAGUGGUGCAGCCAAUCAACGGCGACCCUUUCAUCGGCAGCUUGGAGACUCCGGUCACGUCCAGCCCACUGAUCGCCUGGUACCUCUCCAACCUCCCCGCAUACCGCACCGCGGUGAGCCCACUCCUGAGGGGGAUCGAAGUGGGCCUGGCCCAUGGGUUCCUCCUCGUGGGCCCAUUCGUGAAGGCCGGCCCACUCAGGAACACAGAGUACGCCGGAGCAGCAGGUUCCUUGGCCGCCGCCGGUCUGGUGGUGAUCCUCAGCCUCUGCCUGACCAUGUAUGGAGUUGCUUCUUUCAACGAAGGGGAGCCGUCGACCGCCCCCAGCUUGACGCUGACCGGAAGGAAGAAGCAGCCUGACCAGCUGCAGACCGCCGACGGGUGGGCGAAAUUCACCGGAGGGUUCUUCUUCGGAGGGGUUUCAGGGGUGACCUGGGCUUAUUUCCUUCUCUAUGUUCUUAACCUUCCUUACUACGUCAAGUAGGGUGAGUUUCAAAUAGCCACACCAUUUUCCAUUGCUCUCAAUGUGGAAUUCUGUAUCUAUGAAUGCUAAACCAGACUUAUGAACAUAGUUUUUUCCCCACUGCUGUCUGAACAUUUCUGCCCUUCCUUCCGGGUGAACUGGAAUCAUUCUGAUGUCUUGUUUUUUGAAUAGCUGGGAGCAGUCUGAUGGUUGAUUGCCUUUGGGUAUUUUUUUUAUAUGCUACAUUAAUUUAUGUAUGAAUGAUUAUUACAUAUGGUUAAUCCCCAACGUAAAUCCAUAUAGUACAUAGUACUGAUACCUAUAACUCCGAUUGGAGAAUUCAUCCCAACUUCUCUUGGAAUUAUCAGAAUAAUCCAAGGCCACCGCCUGGAUUUCAUUUCCAAAAUCAGCUUCCUCCUCCUCGUUCAAAGAAGAAGCACGAUCUGGAAGACAUUUUGGCAAAAUUCAGAAAUAGUAUAUUAGCUUAGUUUGGCCCUGCGGUAGUUUUUUUAGAAGCAGCUUCUGAUUGUAACUUUUAGAUAAGUAUUUUUUUAAAAAAACAGUUGAGUGUUUGGCCGUAAAACUAUUAAAAGUGUUUUUUUAAU